CAAUCUACUCUCUUCCUGACGCAUCGCUCGUGUCUCUGCUGCGCCGCGGCAGUGAUCGCGGAGUCAACGAUCUACACGAGAAUCCCCCCAGAGACAUCUUGGGUUUGAAAUAGCUAUUUGUGGAUGAGUACGGUAUCGCGUGAAGAGGAGUGACUAAAAACUUGAAUUAUUAAACUGACACCGUCGGCAGUUUUUUUGCCGAUCGGCGAGCGUCUGAAGCCAGUGUGCUGCCGUGAUUUUUUAAAAUUUCCAUCGCAAGUUUGUCAGGAGAAUGCGGUGAUUUGAAUUGAGAUUUGGGCCGUGCCCUCAGCCCGGGGGGCAACGUCAAGAUGCUGGUGCCACCAGAUAUGCUGGCAUCUCACUCAAAAAUGGUCUAUCAAAUAAACAAGUACUUUGGUGAACGUGUAAUGUCACGCAAGACCCAGGUAGCCAAGACCAUUCAGGAGGUGUGCCGAGUCGUUCAGGAUGUCCUCAAGGAAGUUGAAGUGCAAGAGCCGAGGUUUAUAUCAUCCUUGACGGAUUACAACGGGCGUUUCGAUGGCCUGGAUGUCAUAUCGCCGACGGAAUUUGAAAUAGUGAUAUAUCUCAAUCAAAUGGGUGUUCUGAAUUUUGUAGACGAUGGGACAUUGCCGGGUUGUGCUGUACUGAAACUCAGCGACGGUAGAAAACGCUCAAUGUCCCUGUGGGUUGAAUUUAUAACGGCGUCUGGUUAUUUGAGUGCUAGAAAAAUACGCUCGAGAUUUCAGACACUUGUGGCACAGGCCUGUGAUAAGUGCGCUUAUCGUGAUUCCGUUAAGAUGAUUGCUGAUACCACUGAAGUUAAGUUGAGAAUACGGGAGAGAUAUGUUGUGCAAAUAACGCCGGCAUUCAAGUGCGCUGGUCUGUGGCCAAGAUCAGCCUCGCACUGGCCAAUCCCCCAGAUACCCUGGCCACAUCCGAAUAUUGUUGCCGAGGUGAAAGCCGAGGGUUUUGAUAUGCUGUCCAAGGAGUGCAUUGGGCUGCAGGGCAAGCAAUCAGCGAUGGAGGGUGAUGCUUGGGCGCUGUCGUUUAUCGAUGCUGAGAAUCGAUUACUACAGGGCGCUAGUCGAAGACGAUGUCUCAGUAUUCUCAAGACCCUUCGGGAUCGUCACCUUGAUUUACCGGGAAAUCCUGUCACGAGCUAUCACAUGAAGACACUUCUGCUGUACGAAUGCGAAAAGCAUCCGCAUGAGAUAGAGUGGGACGAGAGCUGUCUUGGUGAUCGAAUAAAUGGCAUCUUUCUUCAACUCAUCUCCUGCCUCCAGUGUCGACGCUGUCCUCACUAUUUCCUGCCAAAUUUGGAUCUCUUCAAGGGUAAAUCACCCAGUGGGCUUGAAAACGCUGCCAAGCAGGUCUGGCGGCUCACUCGCGAACUCCUCACCAACACUCGGGCCCUGGAGAAACUGUAGUGAUUGUUCCUCCAAAUUAUUCUCUUGGACACUUGUCAGUGUGCUUAUGGUUAAUCAUUCGAUGGUGAAUGGAUCAUUGUGUAGAAGUAUUCAAUUUACACCAGUGUCAUUGUGUGAUUGUGCUGCUCAUCAAACUCUCGGGUCUGUGCCAUAUGUAGAGAAAGCAUUAUCGACGAGCUGUAUGAGAAAAUUGUUGGUACACUCUGUUGUUAUUUUAGUCAAGUUGCCUUGUGAUUGUAUUCAAAUGAACUCCAUGUAGCAGUCCAAUGUUUUUUAUUCAAUUGUUUGUGGUUUAUUGUCAGACGGAAACGGCGGCUUGUCGACUAUUGAAAUGAAUUCGACCAAGAAAAAGAAUUUCCGAACACACUUAUUACAUGUAUAACAUUAUCUCCUGCCGGCUUUUGUAUAUACACCUACGAAGAUAUUUAUUGAACUGUAACUGCAGAUUUUAAAAAAUAUAGUGAUAUUUAUAUGGA